CUACAAAACAAAGAUUGAAUCAACUGAGAGACCAUCAUUAUGAGAGCCAAUACAAGUCAUCAAACCUCCUGUCCUUCCCAAACUGAAACCGAAACUGGAAACUGGAACUUUAGAUAUUCAAAACAGCCAUUGUCACUAACCCCUGAAGGUCACUAAAAACGGAAAGGUGGUUAAAUCGUUCGUUUUCUAUUCAUAGUCGUUUUGCGUGUCGUUCGUCCCGAUGCUUCAUGAAUUUGCUGGUUGGUAUAGAAGGUGGCGAUUUGGUGAAGGGACACGUAUUGAUUUAGUUUUAAUUGGCCCACCAGGUAGUGGAAAAGGGACUCAGGCAAUCAAAAUAGCUGAACGUUAUAAAAUCUGCCAUUUAUCUACUGGAGAUAUUCUUAGAGCCAUUAUAGCAUCAGGAUCAGAACUUGGUCAAAAAGUACAGAAAAUUACGGAAUCAGGAGGACUUGUUUCAGAUGACAUAGUUUGUGACCUAAUCGCACAAAAAAUCAAUUCUCCGGAAUGUAAAAAUGGACUUCUAUUCGACGGGUUUCCACGCACACUAGAACAAGCCAAAAAACUUGAUAACCUUCUUAGAGAUCGUCAGAUUCAUCUGUCGGCUGCCUUGGAGUUCAAGCUCGACCCUACCAUCUUGGAAAAAAGGAUUUGUGGCAGAUUAUUCCACUUAGCUAGUGGUAGGUCAUAUCAUGAAUUGUUCAAUCCCCCGAAAGUCCCCAUGGUAGAUGACGUAAGUUACAUUUUCUUAAUAAUAUAAAUGUCUACUUAUCGAGCCUAAUAGAUAGUUUUUAGGUACAUUGUUGUGUAAGCCUUUUGAUGUUGACAACCGAGUUAUUAUUUUAGGCUUGAUUGCACGCACUAUACGUGUAUUUCAAUGUAAUCAAAUAGAUAACGAACUAAAUUAUUCAAACUACUUUUUGUCUACCCUGGGUUCUGUGCUUCUGAAUUCCUCAAGUUUUUUAUUUCUCUGAUUUACGUUUUUUGAGUCGUUAUUUCAAUCGUCAAUAUUUUCUAUUACCAUUGGUACUGAUACUACUAUGAUUCACCCCAGCAAUUUCAUCCCGCUGUGCUAGUAGUGUAUGGCAACCUUAGUCAAUGCACAUACGCACCAGGUUGUGCGUUGAAAUUGACUGGUCCGAACUUUUUUUCAAGUUGUCCUCGCGAGGGUUCGUUAGCUGGUGUUAUAAUGUUUUUCGACUCCUAAUCUUUGGGCUAAUUGCAACACUGACUUAGUUUAAGGCUCUUUAUUGAUCUUUUUUCUCUUACUUAGAAUUUCCGCCGUCAUGUCUGCAUUGGUCUUCAUAUGGUGGCAAAGUGAACGGAUAGAUUACUGGUGAUCGUCUCGUCCAUCGCUCCGAUGACAAACCUGAAGCUUUGAAAAAGCGCUUGUAUGAGUAUGAGAAAAAUGCAACACCUAUUUUACAUUUCUAUGAAUCUCAAAAUAAACUACUUCGAAUAAACGCAAACAAAGAUGUUAAUCAGGUGUUCAGUGAUAUUCAGGAACUUAUUCGUGUGAAAUUAGCAGAGGGACGAUAGGCGUAUAAAAUGUUCUUAGUGAUCUUAUUUUAGUGUUUAAAUUAGAAGACUACUUCGAACAAUAUCUACCACUAUACUUUCCUGGGUUUUUAUUGAUGGAUAGUUUCCCUAAAAACAAUAACCAAAUUAUGUGUAGUUUUGCUUUCCCGAGAUUAAUUUUGUGUAUUGCAUAAUAAAGACCUCCAAUUAUCAUAUACCGUAUUUUCAAUCAAAUUUUUAGGUUUUCGUCCGCUUCAACCCUUUACAUUAUUAGUUCAAAAAGAAUUAAACGUUCUGCUUUCUCGGGACGUUACGUUUGUAAUUACUUUACUCAUUUCUUGAGGUUUAUGAUAGUUCCUAGUAAUUAUAAGUAAAGUUCUCCAUAUUGCAUAAAAUAAUUCUUUAUUGCUAUUAUGUUUGUAGUUACUGAU